AUGACGCUCGCCCGCUUCGUGGUGGCUCUGGUUUUAGGGGCGCUCCCCGAAGUGAUCGGCUUUGAUCUAGUCGUCAGUCAUCCCCUCCACCACCGCUAUCGCCAUUCGCUCCUUCGAGGGCCCCGGCACCCUUAUUACCUUCCCACCCAGCAGCGGCAACAGAGGACGCCUCCGCCGCCCCCUCUCCCGCGCGUCCCGCGCCCCCCGCAGGCGCUGCAUGCCCAGCGCCUGCACGCCCUCCACGCCGGGCGCACGCCGGGGCCGCACCACCGGGACUGCCCCGCCGGCGAGCCCUGGGUCAACGUGACGGACUUCGGCGCCCCUUGUCUGCGCUGGGCAGAGGUGCCACCCUUCCUCGAGCGGUCGCCCCCGGCGAGCUGGGCUCAGCUGCGAGGGCAGCGCCACAACUUCUGUCGGAGCCCCGACGGCGCGGGCCGACCCUGGUGCUUCUAUGGGCACGCCCACGGCAAGGUGGACUGGGGCUACUGCGACUGCAGACACGGGUCAGUGCGGCUUCGAGGUGGCAAACACGAGUUUGAAGGCACCGUGGAAAUAUAUGCAAAUGGAGCUUGGGGCACAGUGUGUGGCAGCCACUGGGAUGAUUCGGACGCCUCAGUCAUUUGUCACCAGCUGCAGCUGGGACGAAAAGGAGUCGCAAAACAAACCCCGUUUUCUGGACUGGGCCUUGUUCCCAUUUAUUGGAGUCAUGUCCGUUGCCGAGGAGAUGAAGAAAACAUACUGCUUUGUGAAAAAGACGUCUGGCAGGGUGGGGCCUGUCCUCGGAAGAUGGCGGCUGCUGUCACGUGUAGCUUUUCCCAGGGCCCGGCGUUCCCUGUCAUACGCCUCGUGGGUGGGAGAAGUGCGUGGGAAGGCCGAGUGGAAAUCUACCACGCUGGUCAGUGGGGGACUGUCUGUGAUGACCAGUGGGAUGAAGCGGAUGCAGAAGUGAUCUGCAGGCAGCUGGGCCUGAGUGGCAUUGCCAAAGCAUGGAAUCAGGCGUAUUUUGGGGAAGGCUCUGGGGCAAUAAUGUUGGAUGAGGUACGCUGCACUGGGAAUGAGCUUUCUAUUGAGCAAUGUCCAAAGAGUUCCUGGGGAGAGCAUAACUGUGACCAUAAAGAAGAUGCUGGAGUGUCCUGUACCCCUCUAACAGAUGGGGUCAUCAGACUUGGAGGUGGUAAAGGCAGCCACGAGGGCCGCCUGGAGGUGUAUUACCGGGGACAGUGGGGGACUGUCUGUGAUGAUGGCUGGACUGAGCUGAAUACAUAUGUGGUUUGCCGACAGCUGGGAUAUAAAUACGGCAAACAAUCCCCUGCAAACCACUUUGAAGAAAGCACAGGGCCCAUAUGGUUGGAUGACGUCAGCUGCUCGGGAAAGGAAUCCAGUUUCGUUCAGUGUUCCCGGAGGCAGUGGGGAAGGCACGACUGCAGCCAUCGGGAAGAUGUUGGUAUCACCUGCUACCCUGGUGGCAAUGGAUACAGACUAUCUCUGGGUUUUCCUAUCAGACUGAUGGAUGGAGAAAAUAAGAAGGAAGGACGAGUGGAGGUGUUCAUCAAUGGCCAGUGGGGAACCAUUUGUGAUGAUGGCUGGACUGAUAAGGAUGCAACUGUGAUCUGUCGUCAGCUUGGCUACAAGGGCCCUGCCAGAGCAAGAACCAUGGCUUAUUUUGGGGAAGGAAAAGGACCCAUCCACGUGGACAAUGUGAAGUGCACAGGAAACGAGAGGUCCUUGGCUGACUGCAUCAAACAAGAUAUUGGGAGACAUAACUGUCGCCACAGCGAAGAUGCAGGAGUCAUUUGUGAUUAUUUUAGCAAGAAGGCAAUAGGUAACAGUAACAAAGAAUCCCUUUCGUCUGUUUGUGGUUUGAGAUUACUGCACCGUCGGCAGAAGCGGAUCAUUGGUGGGAAAAAUUCUUUAAGGGGUGGUUGGCCUUGGCAAGUGUCCCUCCGGCUAAAGUCAUCCCAUGGAGAUGGCAGGCUCCUUUGUGGGGCCACGCUCCUGAGUAGCUGCUGGGUCCUUACAGCAGCACACUGCUUCAAGAGGUAUGGUAACAGCACAAGGAGCUAUGCUGUUCGGGUUGGGGAUUAUCAUACUUUGGUGCCAGAAGAAUUUGAAGAAGAAAUUGGAGUUCAGCAGAUUGUGAUUCAUCGGGAGUAUCGACCUGACAGCAGUGACUAUGACAUCGCCCUGGUUCGAUUAGAAGGACCAGAAGAGCAGUGUGUUAGAUUUAGCAGCCACGUUUUGCCGGCCUGUUUGCCACUCCGUAGAGAGAGGCCACAGAAAACCGCCUCCAAUUGUUAUAUAACAGGAUGGGGAGACACAGGACGAGCCUAUUCAAGAACUCUACAACAAGCAGCCAUCCCCCUACUUCCCAAGAGGUUUUGUGAAGAACGUUAUAAGGGUCGGUUUACAGGAAGAAUGCUCUGUGCUGGGAAUCUACAUGAACACAAACGUGUUGACAGCUGCCAGGGAGACAGCGGAGGGCCACUCAUGUGUGUUCGGGCAGGAGAGAGUUGGGUUGUAUAUGGGAUAACCUCCUGGGGGCAUGGCUGUGGAGCCAAGGAUUCACCUGGUGUCUACACCAAAGUCUCAGCCUUUGUACCUUGGAUAAAAAGUGUCACCAAAUUGUAAUUCUUCAUGGAAACCUGAAGAGAAAAUAUGUUGGAAAAUUUUCAACCUCUACAUUAGCACUCAGCCAGAGAUGCCAACUGAUGGGGAUGAGAGCCAUGUUUCUGCUUUUGUGUUGUGAUUAAAUCAUGUACACCAUUGCUGCUUGAGAAAUUUGUGAUGUGAACAUUCUUUGUUAGAUACCUCAGUGUGGUACUAAUUAUUCUUGAUUAGCAUUGUUUAUUCUCAGCACUCUCCAGAGAUUACUGUAUAUCAACUGUGCAGUAAGCCUGUUUUUAUUCUUUUGGAUUAAGAGUCUGUAAUUGAAUCAAUACUCUUUAUUACACUUAAGUGGUAUUGUGUAAUUAAGCUCACAUUUUCUUCAAAAGGCUGAGAAAUUUCCACACUGACUCUCUGUAGCCUUUGACAAGUGAGGAAGUCAA